AUGUCCCGUCCAAGGGCUGUGCGUGAUGAUCUCUUGAUUGAAGAGGACGCCAAAGUCAAUGUUGACUACCUUGCACAUUCCUGGACGUAUGAUGAGAUGUGGGCUACUAGAAAACAUGUUCGCCAAAUAAACCAGCACAGUAUUGUCAGAUGUCGCUUCGAAAAUGCUCUUUGGAGAGCAUGGAUGGCUUCAACUCGACAAACUAUUCGCAUGCCAGCGGCUUUUAUCUCGUGGGACAAAGAUAGCGACAUCACCUGGCUCUACGGCCCACUGAAGUCCAGCAGAAGCCCCAGCCCAACACCUAGCGAAGCACCCUCGACGCAAGCCCCCAGGAAGCCUUCUCUGAAGCGAAAGCCCAGUAUUUGGGAGCUUCCAGAAGAUCAUUCAACAUCGAACGACUCUACAGAUGGAAAGUCUCUGCUUGGCCGUUUCUGGAACAUAACCAUCCACUCAGUCCCUAGUAUAAUCCUCAGCUCCCGCCAAGACUGGAACAAGCGGAGAAAAUGCCGCGUCCGAUUCGAAGAAGAGGUGCAGCAAUGCCAGUACGCUCGUGACGGAAACACAAUAUCGCAAUACAGCUAUAACUACAACUAUCCCUUUUUCUUGGAAGAGGCUGGACUAUAUGGAAGCCAUCAGUGGCAGCAGACUAUUGAACCGUUACCAUCAACCUUUCUCAGUGGCUACGAGGCGCUUCCUCCAGCGGACUCGGGCCAGUUUUAUUCGAUGUCAAAUUUCCUGGAGGAGCUGGAGUAUGUCUUCUCUGUCUUUGUUCAUUGGCCUUCUCUACCGCCUAGAGUUUCUUGA